CGCUGCUGGAUCCCCCGUCUCUUCCCUCGCUCGCUGUCGCUCCCAUCCCACUCGCCAUCGUCCUCGCCACCGCCCCCGUCGCCCGAACCACUCUCGCCGCUCUCGAACGACGCCCAGCUUAUGCGCCCCCGGCCCCGGCGCGGCUCUGCUCAGUGUUUGCUAAUCGGAUCCUCGUACCGUUGACGCGGCACCCUCUUGGGCCUCUUGGCAAUCCGGGAGCAUCAUGCGCUUUCCUUCCCAAGCCAAACAGCCUUCCUCCCCGCCUGCCACAAUACGCAAGCCAAGCUUUCGCCGUGCCACAAAGAGGCCCUCGUCAUCGUCCGCGUCGUCCUCCUCCCUCUUGUCCUCGGUCUUUGCCACCAUUGCCUCGUCGUCGGCAGCGCAUGCUAGGCCCCUCGACCCAGAGCACGACACUUCCCUCCCAUUUCUCUACCCUUUUCUGCCCCACGACGGCCAGCGCGAACGUUCGUCCAAGACAGAGUCCUCCCGAUCACCUUCCAAGAGAUUGCAGCGCCGAGCCUCCGUGCCUGACAAGUACGUCCAAGGCGAGGAUGGCCUCUGGCGCAAGGCCGCCGAGUGGUCCUUGUACGGUUCCACAAUAUGCCCAGGCUCUUCUUGUUCCGCAGAGGCUACCCCUACAGCCGUUGACGACGAAAACUCGGCAAAUCCGACCGCUUCUACCAUCGUCGCCAGCUCCACAGCUACCGCCAUCUCAUCACCCUCGUCCUCUGCCUCUGUUUCCGCUAUCUCUGCAGACGAGUUUGAUCUCAGCACCCUCCCUACCGGCUGGGCGAGCAGCGGCGGAUCAUCUCACGACCUCACGGCUGUCAUUCUCCCUUUAUCUCUCGUUCUUGCCGGCUCUAUCGUAGCCCUCAUACUCGCAUGCGUCGUUUGGAGACGGAAACGGCGAAAGGGUGAGAAGGACGUAGAGAAAGUGCUGCAGCGCAAGGUGCGCGGGCAGCGGGACGAUAGGUCCGAGGACGGUUCCGAAAAUAGCAGUAUUCAGCAGGCAAAAUCUGCGCAGCGCAAGUGGGCAAAGGCUGCGAGUCGUUGGAAGGCCAACGUCAGGCAAUCAGCCCGACGACGGCGCACGAACCGCAGUCUCUCCGCUACCCUCGUACAAGACAACCAGAGUAAUCCCUCCCUCCAUCAUUCUCCAUCCAGGAACGACGACUCGGUCUCUGUGCUACGUUCCCCCUCUUCCGUCUCUUCUCGGCACUCUCACGACAAUCCACCUAAUUCACCACCCCCACCACCCGUGCCACUGCCACGUCCUCGUUCGUCCAUCGAAGUUUCACCUGUCAUACCUCAUGCGGAAGAUACCCCUCCUAUUCCCCCAAAUCCGGAUUCCCCACUCCGUCCUCCGGCAUACCACCCCUCGCGCAAUCAUCCACAUAGCGCAAUCGACAUUCCUCCUCCCACGGAUGUCAUCCCCUCCUAUCACGCUGAAGGAUCCAAUGUGACCGCAAGCUCGUCCAAAUUACCGUCGGCACCCCCGCCUGUCGACGAUUCAGGGCAUAAUGAGGCCGUACACAGCUCUCCAGGCCAUAUUGCCACGGAUGAUAAAGCCACGUUGGCCCGCAGAGCCGCCAUGGCCAGCGCUCCUCCUGACCCAGACACUCGCGCCUCUCUACCUCACUCUCCUCGCGCGCCCGAGCUUGAAGAUGACGACGAAAUCCCUGCUGAUGUGCUCGCUCUCUCCUCCGCACCGAGUUCCGAUCCCAUACCUCCCUAUCCAUCUUUGCAUCCUGAUUUACCGCCUCCACCGUCUAUGGGGAAGAUGGCCGCCUCACGCUACGAGCAGUACGCUUUCUCGCUCGAGCAGGCAGCAGACGUAGUUGGCGUCGAACCGGAAAUAGGCCCUUCUGCUCCGCCGUUCGAGGAGGCGCAAAGCCAAGCUGGGACGACUCUCGUCGUGGUCCCUUCGGCUCCGCCGGUGGACGAAGAGGAGUCGUUUGAAGACGGGGAACUCGAGCCUUCUGCACCUCCAUUGUGGUACGCCCAGGCGGAUACCGAUGGAAUGGGUGUCGGGGUUGGUGCUGGCGUGGAUGUGGAAGUAAACGCGGGCUUGGAUGCAGGCUUGGCAAGAGAGGAAGGUGAAGGCGCUGGGAGUUUACGUCGGACGGUGUCUUCUGUUCCUACGAGUCGUACGCAGUCCCCUGGACCUGGACCUUCUGCUCCUUCUCUGCCUCCGGUGUACUGAUGCUGAUACUCCCUUCGCCCGUCACGUACUUUCGUCUCCCGCUUCGCACCUGUAGUUCGCAUGCACCUAUCAUCCAUCCUUCAUCACCCAUCAUCCCAUCCCCUUUCCCUUUCGACUUCUGCAUGAGCACCUUUGACUUGACCUGACAAGCAGUAUUGUUUUUUAACCAGUUUUUUUAUCACCUUCCAGACUCGGGUUUUGGUCUUUCCUCGUUGAGCCCUGUAUUAUCUCCAUUUUUUCUCUUCGCUUACUUCGUCCAUAGCAUACAUAUACAUAUAUACACAUACCGCAC